GCGCGCGCGGGCAGUCGGGCAGCGCCCGGGCGGCGGCGGAGGCGGCGGGAGCGCCCGUCCGCACCCCCUCCUUGCCGGGACCCCUCUCAACACCCACCCUCGGGACCCCCGGACCUCCCUUAACACAGCACCUCAGCACCGACCCCCGGGACCCUCCUCAGCACACACCCUUGGGACACUCCUCAGCGCCGACCCUCCUCAGCGCAGACCCCCGGGACAUCUGUUCAGAACCGACCUCCUUCAGCCAACGACCCUCGGGACUCCCCUCAGCGGCGGCGGAGGCUGCGGCUGCGGGCGAGGGAUGCGCCGCGCCCCGACACCCAGCCUUGCUAACAUGAUGACCUGACAAGAUACAGCACAGUCCUGACUAUGCAGCACAGGGACUGAUGGGAAAGGAUCCAAUAUGAGUGUAAAUGAUGUUGGAGGCAGACGACGCUUUGAGGAUAGCGAGUACACGCUGCACAUCUACCCCGGGAGCAUCGCAGAGGGGACAAUCUACUGCCCCAUCACCGCCAGGAAAACGUCCACGGCCGCCGAGGUCAUCGAUUCGCUCAUCAACAAACUCCAGCUGGAGAAAACAAAAUGCUACGUGUUGGCAGAAGUGAAGGAGUUCGGAGGGGAGGAAUGGAUCCUCAACCCCACGGACUGCCCGGUGCAGCGCAUGAUGCUGUGGCCGCGCAUGGCGCUGGAGAACCGCAUCAGCGGCGAGGAUUAUCGCUUCCUGCUGCGGGAGAAGAACCUGGAUGGCUCUAUCCACUACGGGAGCCUCCAGUCCUGGCUGCGGGUGACGGAGGAGCGGCGCAGGAUGGUGGAGCGGGGCUUCCUCCCCCAGCCCCAGCAGAAGGACUACGAUGACUUGUGCGGUUUGCCGGACCUGAACGAGAAAACGCUCCUGGAAAAUCUCAGAAACCGCUUCAAGCAGGAAAAAAUCUACACCUACGUUGGCAGCAUCCUCAUUGUUAUUAAUCCCUUCAAAUUCCUACCUAUUUAUAACCCUAAGUAUGUGAAGAUGUACGAUAACCAUCAGCUGGGGAAGCUGGAGCCCCACAUUUACGCUGUGGCAGAUGUGGCUUACCAUGCUAUGCUCCAGAGGAAGAAGAACCAGUGCAUCGUGAUUUCAGGAGAGAGCGGCUCGGGAAAGACACAGAGCACCAACUUUCUGAUUCAUCACCUCACUGCCCUCAGCCAGAAGGGAUUUGCCAGUGGAGUAGAACAGAUUAUUCUUGGAGCUGGCCCAGUGCUUGAGGCAUUUGGAAAUGCAAAAACAGCCCAUAACAACAACUCCAGUCGCUUUGGCAAAUUCAUCCAAGUGAAUUACCAGGAGACAGGCACUGUGCGAGGAGCUUAUGUUGAAAAAUACCUCCUGGAGAAGUCCCGACUGGUCUAUCAGGAGCACAACGAGCGGAACUACCAUGUAUUUUAUUACCUCCUGGCAGGAGCGAGCGAGGAGGAGAGAUCAGCGUUUCACCUGAAGCAGCCGGAGGAAUAUCAUUACCUUAACCAGAUGACAAAGAAACCCCUCAGAGAGAGCUGGGAUGAUUAUUGCUAUGACUCGGAGCCGGAUUGUUUCUCCGUGGAAGGGGAGGACCUGAAGCACGACUUUGAGCGGCUGCAACUCGCCAUGGAGAUGGUGGGGUUUCUGCCCAAGACACGCAGACAGAUUUUCUCUCUGCUGUCGGCGAUCCUGCAUCUGGGGAACAUCCGGUACAAAAAGAAGACCUACAGGGAUGACUCCAUCGAUAUCUGCAACCCUGAAAUACUUCCUGUUGUGUCAGAGCUGCUGGAGGUGAAAGAAGAGAUGCUGUUUGAGGCCCUGGUGACCAGAAAGACAGUGACAGUGGGAGAGAAGCUGAUCUUACCAUACAAAUUGGCAGAGGCUGUGACCGUGCGGAAUUCCAUGGCCAAGUCGUUGUACAGUGCCCUGUUUGACUGGAUCGUGUUCAGGAUCAACCACGCGCUCCUCAACUCCAAGGACAUGGAGGAAAGCACUAAGACUUUAUCCAUUGGAGUGCUUGAUAUUUUUGGGUUUGAAGACUAUGAAAACAAUAGUUUUGAACAAUUCUGCAUUAACUUUGCCAACGAGCGCUUGCAGCACUACUUUAACCAACACAUUUUCAAACUGGAACAGGAGGAAUAUAGAGCAGAAGGAAUUAGCUGGCACAACAUCGACUACAUAGACAACUCCAGCUGCAUCAACCUGAUCAGCAAGAAGCCAACAGGGCUGCUCCAUCUGCUGGAUGAGGAAAGCAAUUUUCCUCAAGCCACAAACCAGACGCUGCUGGACAAAUUCAAGCGUCAACACGAAGGGAACUCCUACAUUGAAUUCCCAGCAGUGAUGGAGCCAGCUUUCAUCAUCAAACACUACGCGGGCAAAGUGAAGUACGGAGUCAAGGAUUUCCGGGAGAAGAACACGGAUCACAUGCGCCCGGACAUCGUGGCUCUCCUGAGGAGCAGCAAGAACGCCUUUGUCUGUGGCAUGAUUGGGAUUGAUCCCGUGGCUGUUUUCCGCUGGGCUGUCCUGAGGGCCUUUUUCAGGGCCAUGGUGGCCUUUAGAGAGGCUGGAAAACGAUACGUGGAGAAGAAAACUGGGCAUGAUGAUGCAGUGCCAUGUGCGGUUUUGAAAAGUGUGGAUAGUUUUAGCUUUCUCCACCACCCAGUUCAUCAGAGGAGCUUAGAGAUCCUGCAGAGGUGCAAGGAGGAGAAGUACAAGAUCCUUCCCAUCUCCCCACGGGGUGUGCUCCUGCUUCCCCAGGCUCCCAGCCUUGGCAAGCUCAAGUGGGCUUGGAGCAUGUGGAAUGUUCCAGUUCAGAAUACAUCAGGUAUCACUCGGAAGAGCCCACGGACGCCGCUCUCAGACCUCCAGGGAGUCAACACCAUCAACGAGAGGAGCCCACGGGAUGCCUAUGGAGUUGGCUGGAAUGGCCGGAUGGGGAUGAGGCACAACAGGCUCAGCAGCCCUGGCACCUUCCUGGACAAAGAUGGGAUAUUCGUCAACACCACCAACAGCAAACUGCUGGAGAGAGCCCAUGGCAUCCUCAUGCGAAAUAAGAACUUCAAAGCCAAACCCAGUCUCCCAAAGCACUUGCUGGAUGUGAAGUCCCUCAAGCACCUCACAAACCUGACGUUGCACGACCGCAUCACCAAAUCCCUCCUCCACCUCCAUAAGAAGAAAAAACCACCCAGCAUCAGUGCCCAGUUCCAGGCAUCCCUCAACAAACUGAUGGAGACCCUUGGCCAAGCAGAGCCGUAUUUUGUCAAGUGCAUCCGAUCCAACGCCGAGAAGCUGCCCCUGAGGUUCAAUGACAGCCUGGUGCUCCGGCAGCUGCGCUACACGGGGAUGCUGGAGACCGUGCGCAUCCGCCAGUCAGGAUACAGCUGCAAAUACUCCUUCCAGGAUUUUGUGAACCAUUUCCAUGUCCUUUUGCCACAAGGGAUCAGCCCAUCUAAGCACAAUAUCCAUGAUUUCUUCCGGAAGAUAAAACUCGAUCCAGACAAUUACCAAGUUGGAAGAACAAUGGUUUUCAUGAAGGAGCGGGAGCGGCAGCUUCUGCAGGACCUGCUGCACCAGGAGGUGCUGCGGAGGAUCACGCUGCUGCAGCGCUGGUUCCGCAGCCUGCUCUGCAGGAGGCAGUUCCUGAGCCUGCGGCACGCGGCCAUCAGCAUACAGAGAUUUUGGCGAAGCUACCAGAGCCGAAAAAAAGGCAAACCAUCCCCAGACCCUCUGGUUCUCAGCAAAGCCGCUGUCAUCCUUCAGACCCACUGGCGAGGCUUCGUGGAGCGGCGGAGGUUCCUGCAGAUGCAGUUUGCAGCCCAUCUCAUCCAGAGCUGCUGGCGGGAGCACGCCAGGCGCCGGCACGCCGCAGCCACCAGCAUCCAGGCAGCCUGGCGGGGACACCGCACCCGGCAGGCGUACACAGCCCGCAGGAGCAGGGCCGUGUGCCUGCAGGCGGCGUGCCGCGGGUAUUUGGCACGGCAAAGGUUUAGAGCUUUGAAAGAGCACCAGUUAAAAGAGAUGCAGCUGGAGAAUGGCCUGGCAGGUAGAGAAGAGGAUGGACUGGAAGCAGAUGGUUUGGAAAUUAAGGGCUCUAACCCAUGUCAGUGGGAGGACAGCUCAUUUGAAGAGCGAGUGAGAGCUGUAGAACAACAUAAAUCACUGUUGGAGAAUAAUCGGGUGAAUCACGUGGACCCACUGGAUACUUCCCUGUACAAAAGGCAUGAGAGAGCCAGCAGCCAGAGUGGGAUGGACACUGAGGAGGAGAUCAUCGUGAGAGAGAGGCCCAAGUCACUGGAGGAUCUCAAUCAGAAAAAAGUGGUUCGUGCAAAGAGGGAAAGCCGGAGGAUGCGGGAACUGGAACAGGCCAAGUUCAGCCUGGAGCUGCUCAAGGUCCGCUCCACAGGUGGGCUGUCACCUUCAGAAGAGCAGCGCUGGUCCACCGAGCUGGUGUCCGAGGCACUGCAUUCCCCUCAGGGAACCCCGGAGAGCGAGAGCUCUCAAGGGAGCUUCGAGUUGUUAAGCAGUGAAGAUACCUCAAGUAGUAAACUCAUUUCUUUAGUCUUAGAUGAGCAUGACACACAGUCAUUUUCCAUGGACUCCCUGCCCAGCAGUCCCCAGGCUCAGCUGCGGGAGAAGCCUUUCUGUGCAGCGGAUGGGAACAACGAUUUGCCCGGCUGCAGACAGACCCCAGCAGACACGGUGCUGCCCGAUAACCUCAGCAGGAAGGAGCGUGGGGUUGGUGACCCCCAGAACGUUAUAAAGGCUCACCCAAGAGAAACCCUCCUUUCCAGCAACCUCCCCACUUUCUACGUUCCACCACAAGACAAUGUGAAGGUGAAGAUGGUGGAGAAUAACCUGAGGAAUAAAGCAAUGGAAAGAGAGGAAAGGACAGUUAUGUUCUCCGAGGUCAGGAAGGACUCUGAACCAGACCAGGGUAAAGCCUUGGAAGAAGAGGAGGAAAAGGAUAAACCCUCUACCAAGAGAGAGGAACGUGGGACAGUGACAGCAGCACGGGCCCUUUCUCCAGGUUCUGUCAUUAAGAGACUGGAAAAGCUCAACGUGGAGAAGGAGGAACGGCAAAAGCAGCUUCAGCUGCAAAAUGAGAGGGAGAUGAUGGAACAGAUUCGUCAGCAGAAGGAAAUUCUGGAGAGGCAGCGCAAAGCCUUCGAGCAGCAAGGGAGGGUAGAGGCUUUGCAGAGGACAGAGCAGAGCAGAGUGAAGGACCCUUCCCUCAAACCAGCCAAAAAACCAGACAGCCGGCCUCAGUCCGUCCUCAUCCUGCACCCCCAGAGCAGAGGGGAGCACAGCCCCACGCCAGGCAUGGCUCCAACCUCAGCAGUGGACAUCAAGGGCCUCACUGUUGGGACCAGGGGAAGCUCUCCAGCCCACAGUGCCCCCAAAGACCGACCUGUCAGCAUGUUCGUGGAGCGACGAGAAGGUCUGGAACCCCGCUGCCAUUCCAAACCAGCUCUGGACCCCAAGGACCACCCAGGCAGCCAUUUCUCAAGGACAGAGCGCCUUCGGCAGCCUCGGAUGCCCAACCAGGCCACUGAGGAGACGAGGGCAAGCUCCAUGUUCUUCACACCCAAGGACAAUCCCUUUGGCCUCCACAGAGAGGCAAAUCAUCAGUGCCUUUCCAAGGGUGAAACACGGAAGCCAUUUAAGAUGCCAGGGUCUGGCAGAGGCGAGGUGCCCAGACCGAGCCAUAAAAAGAAAGCCCGCAUGGCGCGGACGCGCUCCGAUUUCUUGACUAGAGGUACUUUUGCUGAUGGGGAGGGGGAUACGGAGGAAGAGGAUUUCGAUGGCAGUUUUGAGUUCCUUCUCUCCUCUGAGCACCCUCCUCACGCCGAGGCGGUGCCCGCAGCCCGCCUGGGGCAGGCCUGUUACAGUGACUCCGAAAUGACCGUGCAGCGAUUCACCUCCGGGGAAGGCCAGGCCAAAUUGCACAAAACCAUGUCCCAGGGGGAGAUUGGGAAGCUGGCAGCCACACAGAAGAAUCUGACUCCAGAUGGGAGGCCUCAGCGAGCCAAGAUGAGGUUUUGGGUGAAGGGAAAGCAGGGGGAGAAGAAGACCCCCCGGGAGAAGCUUGCUACCCAGUCUGAGCUGCUGGAGCUGUACGCGGAGCAGGAGGCCCCUGGCAGGGAGACCAUUUCUGGAUUGCAGAUUGGUGAAGCAGAGUUGGGUCCCCAUCACCUGACGCCCCCGCGGAGUCCUGAGCUGUCGGGCAUCUACCGGCGGGAAUUCAAGGAGAACAAGGAGCCCUCUCCCAAAGUGAAGCGCAAGCGCAGCGUCAAGAUCAGCAACGUGGCUCUGGAGCCUGUGCAGUGGCAGAACGACUCCCUGCAGAUCAUAACCAGUGCCAGUGACCUGAAGAGCAUGGAUGAGUUCCUCCUGAAAAAGAUGAAUGAACUGGACAACGAGGAUAGCAAGAAGGACACGCUGGUGGAUGUUGUGUUCAAGAAAGCACUGAAAGAAUUCCGACAAAACAUCUUCAGUUUUUACUCCUCGGCAUUGGCAAUGGACGAUGGGAAGAGCAUCCGCUACAAGGACCUCUACGCCUUAUUUGAGCAGAUUCUGGAGAAGACCAUGAGGCUUGAGCAGAGGGACUGGAGUGAGUCUCCAGUUAAAGUCUGGGUCAAUACCUUCAAAGUCUUCCUGGAUGAAUAUAUGAUAGAGUACAAACCCCUGGACUACACCGCAGGGAAGAUGCCAAAAACGGAACGAAAAAAGAGAAGGAAAAAGGAAGCAGAUGUGGUGGAAGAGCACAAUGGUCACAUUUUCAAGGCAACCCAAUACAGCAUUCCCACAUACUGUGAAUAUUGUUCCUCCUUGAUCUGGAUCAUGGACAGGGCUUCUGUUUGUAAAUUAUGUAAAUAUGCUUGUCACAAGAAGUGCUGUCUUAAAACCACGACCAAGUGCUCCAAAAAGCACGACCCGGAGCUCUCGCCGCGGCAGUUUGGCGUGGAGCUGUCCCGGCUGACCAGCGAGGAGCGGGCGGUGCCACUGCUGGUGGAGAAGCUCAUCAACUACAUCGAAAUGCACGGGCUCUACACCGAGGGCAUCUACAGGAAAUCAGGAUCCACCAACAAGAUCAAGGAGCUGCGGCAAGGCCUCGAUACAGACAUCGAUAACGUGAAUUUAGACGACUAUAACAUCCACGUCAUUGCCAGCGUGUUCAAGCAGUGGCUCCGAGAUCUGCCCAACCCCCUCAUGACCUUUGAGCUCUACGAGGAGUUCCUGCGAGUGAUGGGCCUCCAGGAGAGGAAGGAGACAGUGCGUGGGGUGUACUCAGUCAUUGACCAGCUCUCGCGCACCCACCUCAGCACCCUGGAGCGCCUCAUCUUCCACCUGGUCAGGAUUGCCCUCCAAGAAGAGACCAACCGCAUGUCAGCCAAUGCCCUGGCCAUUGUGUUUGCUCCCUGCAUCCUCCGCUGCCCCGACACAACUGACCCACUGCAGAGUGUUCAGGACAUCAGCAAAACCACCACUUGUGUGGAACUAAUUGUCAUCGAGCAGAUGAACAAGUACAAGGCUCGGCUCAAAGACAUCAACAGCCUGGAGUUCGCAGAGAACAAAGCCAAGAGCCGCCUCUCCUUGAUCCGCAGAUCUAUGGGCAAAGGACGCGUGCGGCGCGGCGCCUUCCCCAGCCCCGCGUCCCCUGUCACCGGCCGCUUGCCCUCAGUGACGGACGUCCCUGAGGAGACCCUGAGCAGCGAGGAGGCCAUGGAGAUGGAAGUGACAGAGCAGCAGCAGGUGGCCAUGCAGCAGGAGGAGAAGGUGCUGACUGAGCAGAUCGAGAGCCUGCAGAAGGAAAAGGAGGAGCUGACAUUCGAGAUGCUGACACUGGAGCCCCGCGCCUCCGACGACGAAACCCUUGAGUCCGAAGCCUCCAUUGGCACAGCUGACAGCUCUGAAAAUUUGAACUUUGACUCCGAAGGAGCCAUCUCCGAUCGCUCGGAGAGAAGUGUAGCACUUACCUCCCUGCGCCCUGCCAAGGCCGAGGGGCCGAGCCGGCUGCGACGGCACCCCAGGAUGCGGCUGGACCCGGCGGAGCCAACCGACACCCCAAUCUCCUCCUCCUCCUCCUCCUCCCAGUCAUCCACCUCCUGCUUGCCCCACCUGCCCCGGAAGCGCUUCCAGAUGUACUCCAAAUCUCCUUUCUACCGAGCGGGGGGACACGGCGAGGCCCCCGAAACCCGGGCGAGCCCCGAGGGCCUGACGGGGCCUCUCCAUCAUCCCGAGGACCGGCCGCAGUUCACCACGCGCGGGACCUUCAACCCAGAGAAAGGCAAACAGAAACUGAAGAGUGUGAAAUCUUCCCCCCCAAAAACCAAAGAGCCCCCGGAUGGGGGGCCUGGAGGGGGACGCAAGAGGAACCCUGAGGCCGAUUGUGCCGCCGCCCAACCCCUUGUCCUCCUGGGGAGCAACGAGUUCAUGGUCUGAGAUGCUCCACCCGGAGCCACAUCCAUGCCGGGGCAUCCUCCCUGUUGGCAGUGCUCUGAUGGCUUCCUCGUUAACGCCAGGAGAUGAAUUUAAUUAAAAAGGCCGGGAGGGGACGGUUUUAAUGGUGGCCUUAAUGAUUUGGGGGAGCUGAGACCUUUGGGUGGCCGGGGGGUGGCCAGGGAUGGGAGGCAUUGAGCGGCUCCUGGCCCUUCCCCUCGGAGCAUCCGCCGCCAAAUCCUUGUGCCGAAUCGCCAUCGCCUGUUGGUAGGAGCAAAGCCAGCCUCAGAAUCCCACGGGAGCAUCCCCAGCUGGCUCCACUGCAGCCGAGCCCUCCGCGCUUUAACCACCUCAUCCACGCCAACGCCAAGUGCAUGGAAAAGUGUUAAAACCUGCCAAAAAUCACCUUUUCCCUUUGUUUUUUUUUUAUUUUUUAACGAGACCUAACCCCCUUUCCUUUUUUUUUUUUUUUUCCUUUUUGAGAUCAUCAGUAUUAAAAAAUAAUAAUAAUUAAUAAUAAUCGAGGACUACUUGAAGCGAUAUUUGUUUAUAUGCUGGUUCCUGGAGUUUUGUGUAAAUAUAUAUUUUUUUAAUUUUUUUUUUAAUAUUUUUCCCCAGACAGAACUUUUUUUUUUUUUUUCUUUUUUCUUUACUAUUAUUAUUAUUAUUAUUGUUAUUAUUAUUUUUGGGCGGGAGAGGAGGGGAGCAAUUGGCUGAGCCAUCCUUGGUGUCACCACUGGUGUCACUGGCCAUCACUCAAUAAAAACAUGGAGUUUUACUCUCAGCAGGAAAUCCCUGGAGGUGUAAUUAUACCAUCAUAACCCAUCAUAGGACUAAUUAAUUGUGCUAGUUACUGACUCAGCUUGUAAUCCCUCCCCAGUCUCAUCAUCCUCAGUGGCACCUGGAGAAGCUCUGGGUCCCAGAAAACCUCUGGAAAGGCAAAAUCAGGAGCCCCAGGGUAAUAAUUAGAUUUACAAAGGCUGGAUCUGUCCUCCUAAGUGGGCUGGACUGGGGCUCAUCCUUUCCUGACAUGCCACCAAAAAUGGGGAAAAUAGCAAAAAAGUGAGUUUUCCUGAGUGUUUUGUCUUUUCCCGGCAUGACUGGAUUUGGCUGAGCUGCUCCUCGGUCCCCUCUCCCCCUGCCCUUUCCAGGGAUGGUUUAUUUAUUGGGGUAAUUUUUUAUUUGAUGUUUGACUUUUUUUUUCAUGUUAUCUUUAAUUUUUUUCCAACGGGGGAAGUGACAGGUGCUGCAGGGAGAGUGGGAACAGCAUCGGCCUCGGCGCUGCAUCCUGGGAGCGGAGCAAGACCAAGUCAAUCACCCCAUCCGUGGGGGAAAAUGGCAUUUUCCCUGUCCCAGAGGGGAAAAUAGGGCUUUGGGGACAGACACGGAUGCACUGGGAAGGCAGAUGGUGACCACAACAGUGGAAACUCCUGGGGAGCCAUCCCAAAUUCUCUGGGAGCUGGGUUUGCUGGGAGCAUCUGAGUGCUUGGUGCCAAACCAGCCUUCUGAGCCUCUUGAACUAAAACCCCAGAACUGCCCCUAAAAUGGCCCCGGGGAGGAGAUCCUGGCAUGAGUGAAGGGUCCAGCCUCGUCCUCAGGUUUCUCAUCCCCGUGGGAUGAGAGCAGGGAUGUCAGAUCUGACUGGGGCAAAUAUAUAUAUAUACAUAUAUAUACACAUAAAUACAUAUAUAUGCAUAUAUACACACACACACACAUAUAUGUGUGUAUAUA